AUGCAAAGUUCCCUGGUGUCAAGUGAGCUUCAUAUAAGUGAGCUUCUGGACAGUCCCUUCGAAAUAAAUGCUGCUACCGGAACAGCAAUCCUGUACACUGGCUGGGCUGUAUUAGAGUUUAGAUUACUAUCUUCUGGUAAAGAAGAAACCACAGUAAUGGUACCAUUUCUGAUUACGUCAGAGGAUUUGAACUACCCAAUAGUAGUUGUCAUCAAAGAAAUUGUAAAAUGUGACUGUGUGCCAGGAGGGCUACCACGUCAAGAGAGAAACGCAUCUAUCAAAGCAAGUUUUGCGAACUGUAAUGACAGUGCACUAAAUAAUCUUGUAGAGCUGAUCCAGGAGGACACAGAAGAUUGUCUAG